AUGCUUGGAAUGAAGAAGGAAGCCGCCUUUGAAGCCAGCUCGACCCAUCCACUCGACCAACCGGUCGAGUUCGUCUACUCGACCGGACAAGAACAACUCGAUCGAGCUGCGGAGUCAACUCGACUUCCCUUUGAUGGUCUUAAUCUAAAAAUCUCUCUCUUUUGGACAAAACCUAAGGCAACACAACCACUAUCCAUGUUUAUAGGUGUUGGAUGGGUUAGUUUGAGCAAUGAUCUUACUGCCUCUAAGGCUUGA